UCUAAAAGACCCAAAGCAGUGGAUCUGGUUCUGGAGGAAGUAGUAGAAGCAGACAUGAAGGAUCUGGAGGUGCCAAAACAGAUGACAUUACCAACAGAGAUGGCUCUGGCACAGCCGGCACAGCAAAAACAGCCAUUGAAACCAGAUGAGCCUGAACCGAAUCUUCCAAAUGUGCCAGAGUCAACAACCCCAUCGCUGGAGGUUGCUGAGACCCCGACAGGCAGGUGGACACCCUUCAUAGAGAGCAUCAAGAGAGAGGCUGAAGGCAUAGCUAUGGCUACCAUGGAGGAACAGAUGACCCAGGGCUGCGUGGAUUUGGUGCAAAUGGCGGAGGAGGUGGCCAGACACACAGCUGAGACGGCCAUCAGGCAGAUGCAAGAUGCCCAAUCAAUCAAACUGUCCAUUCAAAGCCAGGAAGCCAUUCUGGAGGAAGACAAAGACUCAGAUAGGUGCCAGGUGUGUCCUGCUGAGGAGGACCCAGUGGAGGCAGCAGAGAGUACCCCUCAGACAGAGCCCAGAGAGGCUGCAUCACCCGACAUUGAACCAGAACCGCAGGAGGAGCCAGAGCCCCAGAGGGCCGCUCCAUCCCCUCGUUCAAGCCCAGAGCCAGAGCGAUUAAAGACAGUAGAGCCUGAACCUAAACCAAAGGCCCAGGAUGCCAAAGUAGCACCUGAACCGGUGACCCAACAACCACAGAAAGCAGAGGACUGCAACAAACCUAACACCACUACCAAGGAGGAGUGGAAGACUGUAGAGGAGGGCGACUGUGUCCAUGCCAGCUGCGAUGCAGUAAAGAGCUGUCUCAUGCAUAUCCCACACGCGCCUGUGUGCCUCAACAGCUUCAAUAACCUGCUGAAAGAGUACAUCACCACUCCUAAACUUCCCCCCAUGCCCCAGCUCCCCACCAACCUCUCCCAGUUCACCUCCCAGUUCACCCAGCUAAUGCCCUCUCUCCCCCCAGAACUCUCUCAAGAGUUCUUCCAGUACUCUCGGCCAUUCACCCAAAUGUCCCAGCGUGUCUCCCAACUGCCCCAACAGAUCUCUCAAUUGCCCUAACAGAUGUCCCAACU